AUGAAUACUAUCGACCUUCAAGCUUAUCAUUCCGAUUCCGAAUAUAUUUAUUCUUAUAAUCAAAAAAAUCUUAUUCAAUCCGACGAAAAUAUUAAUCAAUAUUUUUCAACUGAACCUGUCGCGUUUCAACUUGAUCAAUCUUUUAACGUAGAUUGUUACUAUCCUUGUCAACAAUAUAUUCAAGAUUAUACUCCUUCUUACGGUUCUCCUGAAAGUAUUUCUGAAUACGAACUUAGUUCGGACGAUUAUUCUUCCAGUACUUCGGUUAUUUCUUCUCCAAAUCUUACCACCGAUUCAAUGUUUUAUACUCAUCAAGAUAACGCUGAUUCUUUCGAUUAUUCCCAAGAAAGUUUAUAUCAAGAUAUGUCUCUUGACACUUUUCAAUAUCAAGAUCUUGGUAUAAUUAAUCCUUCUAUUGACGAUUUAAAAUUGAGUAUCUCGUGUGUUACUCAAUCUGACGAUUCCAAUGAUCUAUUACAAAAUACUUUUACUCAAUGCCCUCAAUCCCAACAAAAUAAACAAAAAUCUCUGAAAAAAUCUGUUUCCUCCUCAUCACGUAACAAAGUAUCUCAUAGAAGCCACAGAAGGUCACUUCCAAGUGACAUGGUCGAACGAUUACACACAAUGAACUUGGCUCCUCCAAAACCUUCUCGUAAAUCAAAAACUUGUUCUCCAUUUAGUUGUCCUUACGAAGAUUGUACAAAAACUUUUACUAGGCAAUACAACCUUAAAUCUCAUCUUCGUACUCAUACUGAUGAAAGACCUUUUCUUUGUGGAUAUCAAGGUUGCAUGCGUGCUUUUGCUCGCCAACAUGAUCGCAAGAGGCAUUAUAAUUUACAUCUAGGUUUCAAACCUCAUGUUUGUGCUCAUUGUGGUCGUGCCUUCGCUAGACUAGAUGCGUUGAACAGACAUCUUAGGUCAGAUAGUGGUGCUCCUUGCGCUCAAGCUACUCUUCCUAGUACUGGCCCAAAAAAAUUUAAACCCAUCAGCAUGUAA